AGCAGCUCCAGGAAAAGCACCAGGUGGUGCACAAGGGAACAGAGGGACUCCUCAGUGGGAAGCUCCAGGAGAGCCGGCCCCCAUCCCACCCCGCCCCUGCACUCCAACUGCUCUCCGCGAUGGACAGAGCCUGCCCUGAGUGGCUGCCCACCGGCCACACAGCUAGCUGACAUGGGCACCGCCCGGGCUGCACGGCUGUGCUGGACCAUCCUGAGCUUGCUGACACUCCAAGGCCACAACUCUCAGCCUGUGACAACUCAGACUCCUCAGGGAACUCUCAGUGAUCAAAAUCUGGCCACAGGGCCAACUUCUCCCACCACAGGAAACAAGUCUUCUCCAGAUCCUGGCAGCCCUAAGCUCCUUCCCAGAACCAGUGCCCCAGCACCUGCACAGAAGGCCUCAACUGACCCUCUGAUGUCAAGUAAAGCUGGAGCACUAAGGGCAAGCACCGAGGAUGAACAUGAUCUGUCCCUGCUACAGAAGAACAUAUCAGAACUUGAAGCAUCUCAAAACGUCACUCCCAAUGCAAUCACCAUGAGCCUGAGGACAAGGGCAGACUUGACCUUCGGGCCCAGUCCCACAACCGAAACGGUGCUCACUGUGGCUGCCUUUGGUGUUAUCAGCUUCAUCGUCAUCCUGGUGGUGGUGGUGAUUGUUCUAGUGGGUGUGGUCAGCCUAAAGUUCAAGUGUCGGAAGAACAAGGAUUCUGAAGACCCCCAGAAACCAGGGAGUUCAGGGAUAUCUGAAAGCUGCUCCACGGCCAAUGGAGAGAAACACAGCAUCACCCUCCUCUCCAUGAAGAACAUCAAUUCGAACAACAGCAAAGGCCGCCCCUCCGCUGAGAAGGUUCUCUAGAAGUGGCUGGCGUACCUGUGGGUCCAAGGAUGAUACAGCUGCUCUGUGACUGGGAGGAGGGAGAAAGGAGAUUGGUUGAGGCAACGAAACACAUAUAAGUUAUUUUUGUUUCACAUCUGCUCCCAGAUCUAAAGGACCCUGGCUCCAGGUCUGGGAGCAAGCUUCCCAUAUGAGAACCUCCUGCCCACAAAGAUAGCCUCUCAAGAGUCACUGCUGGUGCUCCCACCUGCUCAGAAUCGCAGGAGAGAGAGUCCUGGAGCGAGAGCAAGGUGGAUGCUGAGAUGGACUGAGCCUUUCUGUUUGCAUUAAAGUUAUUUUUUGGCCUGCA